GACUGGCGGAAAGCAGCUAGCUGUAUGAGCCAGCCUGUGUGGAUACGAGAAAACAGCCUCAAUGUCUUUGUCUCUUUGACCCUUCGCUCUGUGGAAAAUGGCCAGAUUUCAGGAUAUUAAAGAGUCGUUCAAACAGCGGCUGCUGACCACGGUUCGCAAAGAUAUGUUUGGACAUUUCGAGAGAACAAUAUCCGAAUAUGAAAAGGAGAUCGACCGUAAACGAAAACUACUGGACAUGGUUACAAAGCCCAACUUAAAGCAGCGGCAAACAGUGUGUCUUGCAGACGUCCAGCAGCCGAUGACUGAAGAAGGGGUUCCUACUGAGAAGCAGGAGAGGAGCUCCGGACUGGACCGGGAGGAUCCAGAACCCUCACACACACAAGAGAAACUCUGUUUUAUUCAAGGACAGACAAGUGAAGAUGGAGAGGAGGACUGUGGAGGAUCAGAAUCAAACAGAGACUUGGAUCCAGCUUUGUAUUCACAGCCAAACACUCCUGAACCUGAGAGUGAUGACAGUGAUGAAGACUGGGAGGAUCCUGACAAAAAAUUUCAAUGUUCCAAAUGUGGUUUUAGAUUUCCGAAAUGGUCACGUUUGAAGAAACACAUGAGGGUUCAUACAGGAGAGAAGCCUUAUAGUUGCUCUUUGUGUGGCAAAAAGUUUGCUACAAAAGCAAGUAUGGACUACCACUUGAAAAUUCAUUCAGGAGAGAAACCAUUCGAUUGCUCGGUUUGCAGUAGAAAUUUCAGAGAUAGAAGCACUUUAAAAUACCACAUGUUGAUUCACGCAAGGGUAAAACCAUACAGUUGCAGUGUUUGCAACAGAAAAUUCAGGCGAGCGACGUCGCUCAAGAUCCAUAAGUGUGUGAACAAACCAAUGAGCUGCUCUGAAUGUGAUGAAACAUUUCCUAACAAAUCCCUUCUGAUGACCCACAAGAGAACGCAUAAGGACAAGAAGCUACUUACAUGCACAGUUUGUGGUUUACAGCAAAAGUUUAAAUCCCAGAUGAAGAUACACAUGAGAAGCCAUACGGGAGAGAGACCAUACAGUUGCUCAAUCUGUGGAAAGAAAUUCACACAAAGGGGAAUUAUGAUGCAACACAUGGCAGUCCACUCAGAGGUGAAACCGUUCGAAUGCACUGACUGUGGCAGAAGGUUCUUUUGGCACUUUCAGAUCAAAAAACACAGGUGUUCUCAAAAAUCACAGCAAAUCAAAACAGGCUUUACUGGAGGGAACUGUGGAGGAUCAGAACCGGCCAAGAACCUAGCUCCAGGUACACCUUUAAAACCAGUCCCAGCUGUUGACAUUGAUUUCUGGAAAGAUACCAGGCAGCAUCAGUCGGGUAUCACUUAUCAGAGGAUAAAAAAAGUCACUGCAAAUGAUGGAAAUAAUACCGGAAAGGAAACCGUUAACUGCUCUGAUGACAACAUUAAAACUGAACCCAAGGAUGAUGAACGUGUUGACAGUGAUUCGUGCAAACAGAACAAUCAACGAGAGUCGGGUUUAAAAGAUGAAGACGUUUCUGUGAGUGAGGAAAGAUUUAAUAUUGACAUGAAACCAUUCAGCUCUUCUCAUUCUCAUCAAAAAUCAGAGGGCAGUCACAGGCUACAGACACACCUGAUGUGUCAUGUAGGAGAAAAACAAUUUAGUUGCUGCUUUUGUGGGAAAGGAUUUAAAACAGGAGGAUAUCUGACAAAACACAUAUCUGUCCACACAGGAGAGAAUCUACUCACAUGCAUAAUUUGUGAGAAAAGCUUUACCUCGGAGUUCGAACUCAUUAGCCAUGUCUGUGUGGGCUCCACAGAGCUUUCUAAAAGGCCAACGAAGGAGCAGAAUACUGCCAACUGCAACUUCAACUACAGCUGCUCUCAUUGUGGUCAAGGAUUUGAGCGAAAGCGCCAACGACAGGAACACAUGAAAAUUCACACAGGAGAGAAACUGUUUAGUUGCUCAGUGUGUGGUGAAGGAUUUGCCAAGCGUGCAAGUUUAACAUUACACAUGGUGUGUCACACAGUGGAGUCUCUCCACUGUUCAGUUUGUAACACUGAAUUUAGUGACAGAGAGUCAUUAGUUCAGCACAUGAGGAUCCAUACUAGACAAACACAAUUUAAUUGUGAAAUUUGUGGUAAAGAAUUUGCAUGGAGAAGAAAUCUGACAAGACACAUGGAAGUCCAUGCAAAGGAGGAACAUCACGGCUGCAGUGACAGAGAAUCAACCAGCCAUGAUGAGCUCAAUAACCAUGGGUGUGGUGGCGAGUCCUCACAGAGUCAGACUGAGGAGAACAGAGAGGCAGAGCCUCCAGCCAGAUGCUCAGCUGAACACAUGGAGACAGGAGCUGAUGGAGAGGACGGUGGAGGACCAGGACCAGACAGGAACUCAGAUCCAGACAGACAUUUACAACCAGGAUCUGAUGACAAGACUUCAGACUCUUCUGACCCUCAGACUAAAGAUAGUCAUUUUUGGAAAGAGACCAUGCAACGUUGGUCAGAUUCAAACUGUGUAAAAGAUGAAGUGUUUGAAAGAGAAAUGGAAUACAAACCUGACCCGUCUUUUAACCAUCAGAAUGAUGACAGGGAUUUUUGGAAAGAGAGCAGGAAACCUCUGUUAUGUUUAAACUCUCUGAAACAUGAAGAAAUCUCUCACAGUGAUAUAACAUGUGAGAACUCACACCCCCCACAUAUUAAAGAGAAGCAGGAUGAGGUUCAAGGACCGGAGGAGGCUGAUAUCACCAAGUUCACAUUCACUCCUGUCCCUGUGAAGUGUGAAGAUGAUGAUGAUGAAGAAGAAGAGAAACCUCAGGCCUCACAGCUUCAUCAGAGUCAGACUGAGGAGAACAGAGAGGCAGAGCCUCCAGCCAGCAGCUCAACUGAACACAUGGAGACAGAAGCUGAUGGAGAGGACGGUGGAGGACCAGGACCAGACAGGAACUCAGAUCCAGCUUGGCAACCAGAUACUGGUGACAAGACUUCAGACCCUUCUGAACCUGACACUGACGACAGUGAUUUUUGGAAAGACACCAGGACGAGAACCAGAAAGAGUCGAUGUCCGUCAGACUCGUUAACACAUAAUGAAAUUGCUGAAGGAGACAUGGGAUUAGGUUCUGUUGAGAACCGUUUUAGCCGCUCUGAUGUGAAGGCGUCAGGGUCCCUGGAGCCGGAGAGUGAUGACAGUGUGGACAGUGAUUUUUGGAAAGAGAGCAGGAAACCACAGGCAAAUUUAAAAAACAAUGACGUCUCUGAAAAGGGCAUGAGAUGUUACACUAAGAAUCCGUACAGCUGCCCUGAUUGUGGUAAAAGAUUUCGCUACAUGUGCCAAAUGAAGACCCAUAGGGAAUGUCAUGUGGAAGUGACACCAUUUGUUUGUCCUGUUUGUUAUCAAAAGUUUUCUUAUGAUUCCCACCUGAAGAUGCACAUGAGAACUCAUACAGGAGAGAAACCAUUCAGUUGCCCAGUUUGUGGUAAAAAAUAUGCACAUAAGACAAGUAUGCGCAAUCACAUGGCUGUCCACACUGUUGAUAAACGGUACUGUUGCAUUGUCUGUGACAAAGGCUUUGCUUGGUAUACAGAACUUAAAUACCAUAAGUGUGUUGGUGAGUCCUCACAUGAAAAUCAAUACUAGGGGAAAAAAACAGGUAAUUCCUCAAAUCAGAAAUCCGAAACAGCGCACACGACUUCACACAGCAGAAAUGAAUCAUGUGAGGCGUUCGUGCCACAAGAUUCAUUCAGUGGUUCAGAAACAUGAGAGUGAAGUUGUAGAGCUUUAGUGAUGUACUGGAGCAUGAAACCAACAACAAAAGUUAACACUGAGAUUCUUACUAAUUACUUUUCUGGAUAAAGAAGACCAAGAUUUUGCUUUUGAUUACGGCUGAAAAACAAACCCAAAUUACUAUUUUUUUUUUUUUAUUUGUCAGAAAAGGUUUUACAUCCAGAAAAUGUAUUAUGUUUUCCUCUGUAACUUAAUCAACCGAACUAAAAACACAGAGGAAGAUUGAUAUGAUUCAUGGUGGGUCCUCUGCAGAUGACGAUAAAACUAAAACUUGAAACUUGAAACAUGAAACUUAAUAACCUUCCUAUCUACCUCUGUGACUUACUUUAUCUUGUUUGUAACCACAAUCAAACACUACGCCAUCUACAGAUAUGAUCUUCAGUGAGUCUUUCCUGAACUUGAAAAACUGGAUUAGUACCCUGACCUGGGAGGAAUGUACAACAUGAAUAAUUAGAUAUUUCUCCUUAAUGCCUCUCAGGCCUUUUUUUGUGUUAUACUGUAUAUAAAUGAACAGGCUGAAUUUUGUAUAAUUUGAUAUUCUUUUGUUUUGAAAUACGUGGCUGUCAAACAGACUGGGGCGGUCUGGCACCACAUAGUUCCUAGAACAUUAUUCUGUAUAAUUUUGUUUCACUUGGAAAUCAGCUUAAAAAACUGUUCAAGUCUUAGCUGUAGCCAGAAGCGCCUCUGAAAUGUAACAUGAUAUUCAUAUUUUAAUAAAGUCAAAUUCUAAACUGAA